UCCUUUCUUACCAAACGGCACAUCUCUAACUAAAAUUUUAUAAAAAACAAAUUUUUGUUGAUCAAAAAAUACUUGGAUAAACUGACUAAAAGUCUUAACGAUCAGUUGGCAGAAAAGCUAUGUCCACCGACCUCGAUCAAAUGGAAAGGGAAUGCGGUACGGGCAGUAAUCCCGGAUCUCAAAGCCCCGGAAACAAGGAAUCGUCCGUGGACGAGGGCCAACAAAAUGAUCCUGGGGAUCCAGCCGCCAAUCCUGACCCUCCACCACCAUCCUUUUCCUGCGAGGCGCCGAGGGACUCCACGGAAAUGGAUAUUGAUAACGAUUUGACCACCAACGAGCGAAUGCCGACGGUGGACGAGCUGGAGCAGCCGAAACAGGCGAAAAUUAAGCCACCGGAAUUGAAGACGGACCAGGAAAAAGAACAGGAGCAAGAAGGAGAACAUAAAAAGGAGCAGGAACUGGACCGAAAACCCCUAGAAUAUUCAUUCCAUCCGCCCAGCCCACCGACGGCCAUUAAAAUCGAGGAGGACAAGCAGCCAGCGAAGCAGACAUCGCAAGUCCUAAAUGAAAUGCCAUGUAGUUCAACGGAGGCGACACCAAAUCCUAGCCAGCGAUCUGUGGGCAAGAUCACCCGCAGCAGCCUGAACGGCACGGCUAACCAGAAUAAUAACUCAAACCGAACGCCAACCAUUAUUAAGCGCCUGCGGAAGAGCACGCGCUUCAAGUCCAAACAAACGGGCAAGGGAAAUCCGGGUGGCGGCAACAGCCAGUCAAAUGGCCACAACAAUGGACCGAAUGGUGCCACAGGCAGCUCGACACAUCUCGCGGGGGCUGGUGCUCAUCCCAGUAACACCAAUAAGCAUGUGAAAUCGGGGCCAGCUGGUCCGGGAGGAGCCACGGGAGCCCGAAAUCGUCGUGCUCUGUUUAAGAGACCGGCGCAAAAGACUCCAAAGGUCCAGGCCUGUACAAAGUUCGUGAAGAGCGUUUUCUACAAGGGCAGCUACAUGCAAAUUGGGGAUAUCGUCAGCAUCGUGGACGGGGAUCAGAACCUUUACUACGCCCAAAUACGCGGAUUACUCGUGGACGCCUACUGCGAGAAGUCCGCUUUCCUCACCUGGCUGAUUCCCACGCAAGAUAGUCCGGAUCCCCAGGAGGGAUUCGACCCGGCCACCUACCUGAUUGGACCCGAUGAAGAGCUAUCGCGAAAGCUGUGCUAUCUGGAGUUCGUGAUGCACGCGCCCAGCAACUACUACUUCGACAGAAGCACCCCUUUCCUGCCGGACGUAGACGAGUACACCGCCCAGAGAUCGGGCGGAUACAUCUGGACGCGACUGCCGGUGGUGAAGCGGGAAAAGGGGACUGGGCACAAAAUAGGAGGUGGGUCCUAGCACGAAAAGGGACCCCAGGACAAGAAGAAGAAUCCCCGAGCUAGAGCCCUGAACUUGAACAACCUAAUUUAUUAAGCUAUUUAUUAAGACUUAAUAAAUAUAGAAGUGUUUCUGAAGAAAAUAAAGAAUUUUAUUUAAUAUUUGUAUUGUAUAAAGCCA